UGAAGCCUCUCUUAUUCUUCCAGGUGGACUUAGAUUUUUCUUCCUACAUGCUAGCAUUACACUGAACCAUACUUCCACUGUGACAUUUAUCAUCUCUCGCCACUAGACUUCAUGGUUCUGGAUGGAAAGCACUGUGUUUUCUCAUCUUUGAAUCCCCCAAAAGACUAUUAUAAUGCGUGACAUAUAGAAGGCUGUCAGUACAGUAAAAGGAAUGGCCAGAGGAAGGGAAGGAGGGAAACAGAAAGGAAGCACAGGUAUAGAAACGUGAGGGAGCCAGAGACAAGCUUCAAAGACCAACAUUCUGUCUUUUGAGUUCACUAGUUUUACAAGCUCCUCUACUAGAGUUAGAUCAGCAACUCAGAUCAGGCCCUCCUAAGUUUCCAGAAAUCUGAGCUACUUUUCACUGUUGGCACAACAAAACGUUCCAUUAUAGUCCAGGUGCAUAGCCUUUGUUUAUAUAUUCUAUUAUUCCAAAGCAAAAAUAAAUAAAAUAAUCAUUGUUCCCCUAAUCUCCCAGGAGUUUCACCUUACAGCUCCAGUGGCCAUGGCAAUCACUGUUUUAUACUUUUUGUAACAAGAACCAGGGACUUCAGUCUUGCCCUUUUCCUACCCCUUUCUUCUUUUUACUCCACCCACCCCUCCCUGUUCUUCUCUUAUCCCUACCACACUCAGUCCUUCGCUUUCAGAUUUUACUAGGGCCCUAACCAUUAAAAAUACAAGGAAAAAAAGGAAUUUUUACUUUAAGAAUAACUCCUGCCCCUUUCCCAUUUUUACACAAAAGAUAUUGUUAAAUGCCUUCUCUUCCACAUUUAGAGAACUGCAAAUUCUCUGGAGAGAGAAAGACUCUCCUACAGGCAAUCAUGAGCAAGAGGGUUGGCAUCAUCGGAGCUGGAGUCAGUGGCUUGGCUGCCAUACGGUGCUGUCUGGAGGAGGGGCUGGAGCCCACUUGCUUUGAAAGGAGCAAUGAUGUUGGAGGUCUGUGGAAAUUCUCGGACCACACAGAAGAAGGCAAAGCCAGCAUUUACCAGUCUGUGUUCACGAACUCUUCCAAAGAAAUGAUGUGCUUUCCAGACUUCCCUUACCCGGAUGAUUGCCCAAACUAUAUGCACCACAGCAAGCUCCAGGAAUAUAUAAAGACAUUUGCUCAAAAGAAGGAUCUUUUAAGAUACAUACAGUUUGAGGUAGGGGCUUCCCUGAGAAAAGAGCCUGUGUUCAAUGAUGAGCUCCCAUCCCGCAUCCUGUGUGGCCUUGUGUCCAUCAAGCCCAGUGUGAAGGAGUUCACAGAAACCUCAGCUGUGUUUGAGGAUGGGACCGUGUUUGAGGCUAUCGACUCUGUCAUCUUUGCAACAGGCUAUGAUUAUUCCUACCCCUUCCUUGAUGAGACCAUCAUAAAAAGCAGAAACAACGAGGUCACCUUGUUUAAAGGCGUCUUUCCGCCACUAAUGGAGAAGCCAACCUUAGCUGUGAUUGGCUUGGUUCAGUCCCUUGGAGCUGCCAUCCCCACAGCAGACCUGCAAGCCCGCUGGGCUGCUAAAGUAUUUGCAAACUCAUGUACCCUGCCAACUAUGAAUGAAAUGAUGGAUGACAUUGAUGAGAAAAUGGGGAAAAAACUCAAGUGGUUUGGCCAGAGCCAGACUUUGCAGACAGAUUACAUCACAUAUAUGGAUGAGCUGGGCUCUUUCAUAGGGGCCAAGCCUAACAUACCAUGGCUCUUCCUGACAGAUCCCCGCCUGGCCCUGGAGGUGUACUUUGGCCCUUGCAGCCCAUAUCAGUUUCGACUGAUGGGACCAGGGAAGUGGGAUGGGGCCAGAAAUGCCAUCCUGACCCAAUGGAACCGGACAGUGAAGCCAACCAGGACAAGAGUUGUCAGCGAAGCUCAGCGACCUCACCCCUUUUACAAUUUGCUUAAAAUGCUUUCAUUCCCAUUACUCCUUCUGGCUGCUACACUUACAUUUUAUUAAUGAGAAUGUCUUUGAGGUCUCAAAGUUCAGAGUAGAAGUGUAAUCACACAAUACAACACACACACACACACACACACACACA